GAUAUUCCAAUUUUGGCAUUGUGGGAUCAAAGAAAUAUUUCAAAAAUGAUAUUAUAAAACAUUUCAACAGUGAUGAUUUUGGAGAAGAUUAUGGUGAUGAAUAUAUUUGGAAUGAAAAGUGUGAAGUAAUUCAUAUAGGCAUUCGAUAAUGCCUUUCACUUUCAUAUAAUUGCUAGUUGGAUGUCACAGCGAGUUUUGAGUACUUUAUUCCAGAGUUGGAAUGUAGAUCGAGUGAAUGUUUCUUUUUAUGAUAUAAAUGAUUAUAUUACUGAUGUGAGAUGGGUCCCGAAUACUCAUUACUCAGGGGUUUUUGGAUUAUUAAAACUCUUAUUCCCAAAAAUCAUUCCUGUAUCAGUCACCAACAAAAUAAUUGUUUUAGACACUGACCUCAUAUUUUUGAGCAACAUAUAUGAAUUAUGGAAAAUGUUCGAUAAGUUCAAAUAUAAACAGGCUAUAGGUAUUGUUGAGAAUGAGAGUAAUUACUAUUUGGAAAAAACAUCUUGGCCAGCUAUUGGGAGAGGUUUUAAUUCUGGUUUAGUUUUAUAUUAUAUAGAUAAAUUGAAGGAUGCAAAUUGGCCAAAUAUGUGGUAUACUGUAACAAAAAAAAUUGCAAAUGAAAUUGGAUCGACUUUACUAGGUGAUCAGGAUGUUAUAAAUGCAGUGAUAAAAGAUAAUUCUCAUCUACUUUAUGAAGUGCCUUGUUAUUGGAACACACAGUUGAGUGAUCGUACAGACAGCUAUUUAUGCUACAGUAAACAUAAAGCUAAAGUGAUUCAUUGGAACUCCCCAAAGAAAUUCAAUGUUCUGAACAAAGAUGGAGAUUAUUUCAGAGGAUUAUAUACAAUUUUUGCCGAAUUGAAUGGAAACUUGUUGAGGAAACAUUUGAAAAUUUGCUCUUCCAAUUCAAAAUCCACAGUGAAUGUUGUAGCAGACGUAUGUUCAGGCUUCAACAAGAUGAAAAGUUCGAAAUGGAGGACUCUUCUAUUUUUCAGAGAGUUUAAGGCAGCCUCUGUGGAUAAUGAUAUAACGUUCGCAGCGCAGCUAUCUUUCGAUAGGAUUCAAAUGAUAGAAGAGUUAGCCAAGUAUUGGGAAGGACCAAUUAGUUUGACUUUAUACAUCACAGAUCCUGAAUUGGAACAGGUUAAUGAAUUCAUUGAGGCUUCCGAUUUGCUUCAAGAAAGAAGAAAUAUAGCUUAUCAUGCUGUUUUUAAAGAUGGCGAAUAUUAUCCUAUUAAUUUAUUAAGGAACAUUGGUCUCCAGAACAUAGGGACAGAUUAUGUUUUCUUGGCCGAUGUCGACUUUCUUCCGAUGAAAGACCUAUAUGAGACUCUGAAAAAUUAUAUAAAGUCGUUGGGUACCAUGGAGAAGAAGGCUCUAGUCAUUCCAGCUUUCGAGACCCAAAGAUAUCGUAGUAGGAUUCCGAAAAAUAAAAAGCAACUACUAUCAAUGCUUGCUACGAAAAGUGUGAUGCCUUUCAGACAUGAUGUUUGGGCAGUUGGACAUUCUCCAACAAAUUAUACUAGAUGGAAGACGGCCACUUCCCCUUACAAUGUGGAGUGGAAACCUGAUUUUGAACCGUAUGUAGUAGUUAAGAGUACGGUUGUAGAAUACGAUCCCACAUUCAUGGGUUUCGGAUGGAACAAAGUGUCUCAUAUCAUGGAAUUGAACGCGCAAGGAUAUGAAUUCAUCGUACUACCCGACACUUUCAUCAUUCACAAAGCGCACGCGCCUAGUUUUGAUAUUGCUAAGUUCCGCACUUCGCCGAUAUACAGGAUGUGUCUGCAGAACUUGAAGGAUAACUUUAUCAAGAAACUUCACAAAAAGUACAAAGAGGCUUUUGACGACAAGUACGCUGUUGGUGAUACAGUUACCAAUUUUAUCGCUAAUGGAAACUGAAUAAUGAGGCUUUUUUUCUAAGUGACCAUAUUACCCAUUGAACAAAUAAUGUAAUGAUUGAUACAAAUGUAUAUUACCAGUAGUCUUACAAACACGAAUUAACUAAAAGUCGUAUAUUUUCAUACAAAAUCUUUUUGCCAUUGAUUUUUAAUACUCUUUUUUUACAAUUAUUUUAAGCGAAUAAAGCAUAAUUCAACUUAAUGUUUUUACUCGAUUUGAAGAUUUAAAUGUUGAAUUUAUAUAUUUAGAUAAUUAAUAUUCUAGAAUUUUUGUUAUUUAUAAAAUUUCAUGUUAUUUAUUUAUACAAGUAUAAAAUCAAUAAUAUAACAUAAAAAGUAAA